AGAAAAUGGAGUUGGGGACGAGGGGAGUGAAGAGCAAUGGUGAAUAUAAAAGAAGCUUGCAUCACCUUGACCAACUCCAAUUGACAACUGGAUUUCAACCAUUGUGAUCCAAAGCAAUGAAGCUCCUGAUUUGGGGGCCCCUGCUGGCCAGUGCCGCAUAUGGCCGCGUUAUCGGCACAAGGACUCAGUCGAAAAGCACACUGAGCUCGUCAGCCGCUCCAGUGCAGUCACCCACCGUCUACAUCGACACUUACGAGAGCACGGUGCAAGGCAAUAGAUCACAAUACAUCUCUUCGGUCUAUAACUUCAAGGCAAUCCCCUUUGCCGCCGCCCCGACUGGAGCCUAUCGUUGGCGUCAUCCGCAACAUGUUAGCGGAUGGACGGGCGUCCGUGACGCUACCGAGUUUGCCCCAGACUGUCCCCAGCUCGGGUCAAGCUAUUAUAGCGAGGACUGCUUAUAUCUCAACAUCUGGACUCCCGACACGGCCACUCUAAACGACGUGCAGAAUAACACGGAAACCGGGAUCGGCGUGGUACCCGCCUCGUCCAGCAGCAAGCUUCCAGUCUACGUCUGGUUCUACGGGGGCCGCUUUGGCUCGGGAUCGAGCAGCCAGGCCCUGUACGAUGGGGCCGGUCUAGCCGCCAAGGGGGUCGUGGUUGUGACCGUCAAUUAUCGAUUAGGCGCGCUGGGCUUUUUAGCCCACCCCGAACUCAGUCAGAACUCGUCUAGCGGUACCUCAGGUAAUUACGGCUUAGUUGACCAGCAGGCGGCGUUGCACUGGACGAACGAGAACAUCGCCGCCUUUGGGGGCGAUCCAACCCGCAUUACUAUUGGCGGCCAGUCAGCAGGCGCCGCUGCUGUGCUCGAUCAUCUGAACAGUCCACUUGCGGACGGGCUUUUCGAGCAGGUGAUUGCUGAGAGCGGAGCCACUUACCCUUCCAACCCCCUGAUGGGGAGUGUGGCCGAGGGGUACCGCCAUCUCGCCGUCGCGGAGGCGCAGGGGGCUGCGUAUCUCACCAGCCUCAACCUCUCAGGGAUUGCCGCGGCCCGUGCCGCUCCAGUUGAGGUCUUCCUGGCCGGCGCCGACGCGAGUGACGUUACCUACGUGAAUACGGUCUUUGCCAACAACUCGGUCUAUAUGGAGCCCCCGCUGUUCCGUCCCGUCCUGGACGGCUACGUACUGCCGGCUACCUACCAGGAGAUGCUGCAACAGGGCAAUCAUACAAUCGCCGCGGUUCUGACUGGCGGAAACCGAGAUGAAAAUGGUGCGACCCCGAACCCCGGGAUGACGGUCGAGAGCUAUACGCUCCAGAAUCAGUACGAGUUUGGCAGCGUCGGCCUGGCCGCUGAGUUCUUCCAACUAUAUCCUGCAGGGAACAGUAACAGCAGCGCCGAUGCCGCCAGCAAUACCUUCUAUCAGGACCAGACUCGCAUAUCCAUCUGGGAGUGGGCCAACGAGUAUCAAGCCGGAGUUGCGCGCAACACUUCGGGCAACAGCACUGUCAGCACCUACACCUACUACUGGACCCAUGCUCCCCCAGGCCAGAAUGAGGGCGCGUACCACAUGAGUGAAAUCAACUAUGCGUUCAACAACCUGUAUGCGACUGACAAGCCUUGGAAGCCUGAGGACUAUGCGAUUGCCGACCGGCUGUCCGACUAUUGGGUAAACUUCCUGCGCUCUGGGAAUCCCAAUGGCCCAGAGCUGCCCAAUUGGCCGGCCAACGAUGCUGCUGAGCCAGUGGUGAUGGAAUUAGGCGAUGCGUGGGAGCCAGUCUUGGUGGCUUCCGCCGAGAAGCGGUCUUUCAUGAACAAGUGGUUCAGUAAUUGGCCAGUGUACUGAGCGAGCUAAGCUGGUGUCAAGGCUCGGGUCAGUCAAAAUGGUACAUAAGCAGAGCU